AUGGGAGUUAUUGAAAGAUUGGUUUGGAUGAACAGUUGCUCAAAGAAACAAUGUAGAAGCUUGCUUUGGAGAAUGAGAGCUGCCAUGAAAAAAGCAGUGAAGAAACACACAUUUUUUGUGGCUUUUUAUGGAGGUCCCAAGAGACAAUUCAAUUUUCAAUAUGAUCCUUCAAGCUAUGCUCUCAACUUUGAUGAUGGUACCCAUUACCAUUAUCAUCAUAUUCAUAAUGUGGUGGUGCAUCAUAAAAUUACCGAAGUACCCCUGCCAAAACAACAACAAGAAUCACAUCCUUCAAGUACUACUACAUCUGCAUGGGUCUAUGUUAUUUGGGUCGGAUCUUUCUAG